AUGAAAUUUGAAUUUGCUGUACUGCUAUUAUUGAACAGUAUCACUGGUACACUACAGUUAUGCGAUUAUAUAACGCUGGUGAAGUGUUUCAUAAGUAUCUUGGAUGAAUGGGCAUGGACAUUAUAUGAACUGAAAGAUAAUGUUGUUACGAUCAAUGAAAAUCAAUGUGAGCACUUAAGGCAGCUUGAUUUAUGUAUCAAGGAUGCUGGACCAGUCAAGCAUGAAUGCGAACACAGUGAAAUUCUUGCUGCUUCAAACACAGUUAGCGAUUUGUUAAUACAUCGAAAAAAUUCAGGCAGCUUUUUGAAGAGUUAUUAUCUCUUGACAUAUGCUUGUUCACAGGAAGGACAGGAAAUACUAAGGGAACAUCGUGAAUGUUUAAUGGAAGAACGAAUUGGUGAAAUGACACUCAGUGCUGGGACCUACUUAUCCGAAAGGUUUCUAGAACAUCCAGAUGAUCAAGUUUGUCAAGAAGUAAACAAUAAGUUGCACGAAUAUAUUAGUGCAAUGAAGGGGAUUUGUCAUUCAGAAAGUGCACAAGUAAUCAUGUGCAAAAGCUUGAGAAACAUGUUCAAGGGUCUACAUGCAGAUAAGCUACAUUCUUGCGACUUUGACUGCAAUAUUCCGCAGCUUGACGAGAUAGCUGAGCCAGGACUGGCCACAGUGGUACAUCAUGAAGGGUCACUAAGUGGGACAACUGGAGAAGAUAAUCUGAUUCCUGAAGCAGUCAAUGAGCAUGCUGCUACUGCUACAGAUGGUGGCGCACCGGAAAGUCAUUCGCUGAAUUCUUCCUCUUCUCCGUCGACAUGCCUCAUUCACUCUAUUUCACUUCUGCUCACAUCCAUUGUUUUCUCAUAG